CAAACACUUAAGAAAGACGCAUUCUCUUCCCUUCUUCAGAAUUAGUCCGGCGUCAACCGCAUUGACUUGUCUCCUCUCUAGUCUCUAGUCUCUAGUCUCUAGUCUCCUUCUUGUUGCCAGAAUCGAUCAUUUCCACCUUCCUCGUUCUUCGACCUUCGGAUCCGUAGCCAAGGUUUGAGCACCAGCCAAGAUGAAUAGUGACAAUCUCAUGGACAAAGUUACCGCCUUUGGUGAGCGCCUCAAGAUCGGUGGCUCAGAAGUGAGCAACAAGAUCACCGCCGGCGUGAGCUCCAUGAGCUUGAAAAUGAAGGAGCUUUUCCAAGGCCCAAACCCAACUGACAAAAUAGUUGAGGACGCUACUUCGGAGAAUCUAGAGGAGCCUGACUGGGAUAUGAAUCUGGAGAUAUGUGAUAUGAUCAAUCAAGAGACGAUCAACAGCGUUGAUUUGAUCCGUGGGAUUAAGAAGAGGAUCAUGAUGACGAAGCAGCCGAGGGUUCAGUACCUCGCCUUGGUUUUGCUUGAGACGUGUGUUAAGAACUGUGAGAAGGCGUUCUCUGAGGUGGCGGCUGAGAGAGUCCUUGAUGAGAUGGUUAGGGUGGUUGAUGAUCCGCAGACGGUUGUGAAUAAUCGUAACAAGGCUUUGAUGUUGAUUGAAGCUUGGGGAGAAUCGACUAGUGAGCUUCGUUACCUACCAGUUUUCGAAGAAACUUACAAGAGCUUAAAGGCGAGAGGUAUUCGUUUCCCUGGACGAGACAACGAGAGCUUGGCACCUAUCUUCACCCCUGCUCGGUCAGCUCCAGCACCAGAAGUGAUUGCUGAACCUCCUCAGCAUGCGCGUGAGCCUGAGCGUGCUCAGUACAAUGCUCCUGUGAGAAGCUUUACCGCUGAGCAGACAAAGGAAGCUUUUGAUAUAGCAAGAAACAGCAUUGAACUUCUUUCCACGGUUCUCUCCUCUUCGCCUCAACACGAUGCUCUACAAGAUGACUUAACUACGACACUUGUACAGCAGUGCCGUCAGUCUCAAACCACUGUCCAAAGAAUCAUCGAAACAGCAGGUGAAGACGAAGCCCUUCUGUUUGAAGCCUUGAAUGUGAACGACGAGCUUGUGAAGACUCUGUCCAAGUACGAGGAGAUGAACAGACCCUCUGCGCCGCUAACCGCACCCGAACCAGCCAUGAUUCCUGUUUCUGAAGAGCCUGAUGACUCUCCGCUUCAUGGAAAAGAAGAAUCUCUGGUCAGAAAAUCGUCGAGCACACGAGCUUCGAUCCAUGGAGGUGGUGGGAGUGGGGAUGACAUGAUGGAUGAUCUCGACGAGAUGAUAUUUGGCAAGAAGAGUGGCGGUCACGGUGACUCUUCCACCGAUAAGCAGCAGUCUUCGUCUAAGAAUGAUGAUCUCAUUCGAUUCUGAGAUGGUUUUAACUUUUUAGCAAAACUGUGUUUGUGGAUUUGGUGUUUAAUUGAUGAUGUGAGACAAGUUUCAUUGUAAGUAAGCUGUAAGCUGUAAGCUGUGUUUGGGGAUCUCUUUGGACGUAUUGGGUUUAUAAAGAAGAGAGUUGUUAUGAGACAAUAGAUUGAUUUCUACCAUCUUUUCAAUC